UUUAUAGCGCACAACACCGGAGAGGCGGCCGGCGGGUGGAGCUGUGACCGGAGUACUAUAUCAGUGAAUUAUUCCCUCUACAGCUAUUACUAUUAUUCCUGGAGUCUGCUGGCGAAUGUCUAGGGUUGUUUUGCCAGGAGAAUGUCUGGUAAUCCCUGCUAGAUCUACACAGCAGGAGUUCGAGGCAGUACGGCAACUGCUGAGGCAUGGGAGUCAGGUUUUUUGGAAGGAAGGCCACACGCUUUGGAGUGCCAUUCAUUUUACUUGUUGUUGGCGGCUCUUUUGGUCUGAGGGAGUUUGCUCAGCUCAGGUAUGACUUCAGGACAAGGAGAACUAUUUCCAAGGAAGAUGCAGAAAAAGUGGGCAUCAAAAUGAAAGAUGCAAAGGAGGUGACACUGGAAUCAGAAUAUGAGAAGAUUGCUCAGAUCGACACAAGUAACUGGGAAAAUGUGCGAGGUCCACGCCCUUGGGAGGAAGGGAACAAACUGUACGAGGAGGCUGUGGAGCGUGUCAAGAAGAUGGAGGCAGGCAAAUGAAGGCUGACAGGCACCUACACCACUGGUGCGAGUGUCAGGUAAAUACUGCAGGUGUACUGCUGGCAGUCAGUGCUGUGGUUGUCAAGUGUAGCUCAUUAAGUGCACUCCACUCAUUUUAAAUGUAUAUGGAAAGGUUUUAUCAUACUGGUGUUAAUUCAUUACAUCUUGUUCCAUAGUGUACCGGAUUAACUUUUAUCAAAGAUAUAACAAAACAUAUGAAGCAACUCCCUCCUGUGCUGCUGACGUGACAGUUCCCAAGGAGAAUGCGUGUACAUAUCCAAGAAAUAGAUCAGAUUCACUGA